UCCCAUCCAGUACCAAACAGAUCGCGAUGCGAGAAAUACCACGACCAAAUAAGACCGUGACGGAAAAUAUAGACGCAGACUGUUGUUUUUUAAUUGAAAAUCUUUGAUAAAAUGCCGCAAAACUAUGAAUAUUAAAUGUAUUUUUUUAAUUUAAAGCAAAAAAUUAAAAGGAACCAUGUGGAAGCUUAAGAAUUUUGAGAAAUGUUCGUUAACUACUAGUGCAAUUACCGUUUUAUUGUUGGUGCUUUGUGUUUGUUCAACUGUGAAAUCUCAAGGAAUCUAUAAAAUCAGCUGUUCAAAAAUAUUGAGACCAAAUAGUGAAUUCCAUGUUUCAAUAUCUUUGGGAACUGCUUCACUACCGAUUAUUGUGGAAACAACAAUAACUGGAAAUUCUUUUAAAGGAAAAGUAUUUUCUGCUAAAGAUACCAUUAAAGUUUCGCCUAAUUCAAGUAAAUUAGCUACAUUACAGAUCGCUGAUAUUGAAGAUGGAGUAUACAGCUUAUUAAUAUCCGGAAGCGGUGGUGUUACCUUUGAGGAAUCCAUUCCAAAAUUACGAUUCCUCAGAAAAAGUUUUUCUGUUUUAAUCCAAACUGAUAAACCAGUGUAUAAACCGGGAGAUCUUAUACAAUUUCGAACCAUUAUUUUAGGACCAUCUUUACGACCAAGCGAAGUUGUUAGAAAUAAACCAGUUCGUGUUCAUAUAACGGAUGGAAGAGGUAAUAAAGUAAAGGAAUGGAUGGAUGUUUAUGCCCCCCGAGGAGUUUUUAAUGCAGAAGUACGCUUAAGCAACUCCCCGGUUCUUGGAAAUUGGAAUAUUACUGUUGUUGUUCAAGGACAAACCUACACGAAACGAAUUUUAAUUGCUGAAUAUGUUUUACCUAAAUUCCUACUCAAAAUUGAUGCUCCAAAUCACGUUAGUUUUCAAGAAAAUAUUAUAGUUACCGAUAUAGAAGCAAAUUACGACUACGGUAAAAAAGUUCAAGGUGAUGCAACUGUAACGGUUUACCCUACGAUAAUUUCCGGAGUUAUCCAACCAAUUUAUGAAAAUCCUAUACGGAAAGUGGUUCCAAUAGAUGGAAAAACAACCGUAAAUAUCGAUAUAGCUAGAGAAUUAGGUUUAAAUAAUGAAUACGAAAGAACCGUUGUUGUUGAUGUUACCGUCCAAGAAGCAUUAACUGGCCUUAAACAAAACAACAGUAUUGAAAUACAAUUACGAAAAUAUGAUUAUAAGGUGGAAAUCAUCAAAACGGCCGAUUAUUUUAAACCGGGAAUGUUGUAUACGGUUUAUAUAAAGGUUAGCAAUUAUAAUGGAUAUCCUUUAGAAGAUAGUCGUAAAACUAUUAAGGUAAACUAUGGGUUUUCACGAAAUAAUGAAAAUUUUACAAACGUUGAAAAGAAAAUUAAUCAAUUUGGAGUGGCUACUUUAGAGUUGUACAUGCCGGUUAAUGUAACUGAAGAUACAAUGUUGAGAAUUGAGGCUGAAUAUUUGGAUUUAAAAGAAAUAAUGUCACCUGUACUUCCAGCUAUAUCACCAAGCAAAACGUUUAUGCAAUUAUAUUUAGAAUCUGAAAAACAUGCUGUUAAUAAAGACGUGAUUGUUUUAGUGAAUUGUACAGAACCGAUGAGUUACAUAACUUAUGAAGUAUUAGGAAGAGGCGAUAUUUUAUUAACAAAAACUCAACAAGUUGAUAAUCGAAGAGUUUUUAAAUUUGCAUUUUCAACAACACACACAAUGGUUCCAAUCGUUCGUUUAUUAGUAAGUUAUAUCAGAGAUGAUGGUGAAAUUGUUUCUGAUUCAGUAAACAUAGAAAUCGACGGUCUUUUGCAAAAUUUUGUACAAGUUGAAACGACAUCAAAUGUAGGACCAUCGUUUGACGUAGAUUUUACCAUAAAAACGCAACCGCAUUCUUACGUUGGAUUGACGGCGGUUGAUGAGAAAUUGAAUAAAAUUGGAACAAAUUAUGAGAUCGACAGAAAUUCUGUAAUUGAUGAGUUGGAGAAAUAUGAUGCGGGAACAAUUUCGCCGUAUUCAUUGAAAUCAACGCAGAAUCAUUUUAUUUGGAAACCGGGUUCAAGUAAUACAAGAAGUAUGUUUGAAGACUCUGGAGUUAUAUUAAUAACAAAUGGAAAAGCUCCGAUGUAUGAAGCUGGAAAUAUUUUUUCUUGGCCAGCUUCUUUUGGAAGUAGUACAUUAAAACCUGAGAGAGGUGCGGGUUCGCCAGCUUCGGGAGCUACUCGUCCUCCUUUAGCCGGACCUUAUGCUUUCAGCAGGAUUCCGCGACCAGUUUCCGACAAACCGAAAAUUUAUCUUUCGGACAUUAUCCAAGAAACGUGGCUAUUUACUAAUUUUUCUUCAAGUUAUGAUGGUCAAACGAUGAUAAGAAAAAAACUCCCUUCUUCAAUAACAAACUGGAAAAUAACCGCAUUUUCAUUAAAUUUCGCUCAUGGUUUAGGCUUAAUAACACAACCACUGAAAAUAGAAGUUAGCAAACAAUUUUCGGUUAACGUAAAUUUACCGAAAUCAAUUCAAAGAGGAGAAGUUUUAUUGAUACCAGUUGUCGUUUUUAACAAUUUAGAUCAAGACAUAACUGCUGAAGUUUUAAUGCAUAAUCCGGAUCAAAAAUUUGAUUUUGAAGGAGCCUCUAAUAAAAAAAUUGAGUUAUAUCGCAAGAAAAAGCUCGCAAUCAAAAAACAAAGUAAAGGCGAAGUAUCUUUUAUGAUAAUUCCGAAUAAAUUAGGUGAAACCCCAAUAAGAAUCGAAGCCAAUUCACAAAAUAUGCAAGAUACAAUCGAAAAAAUCCUUAUUGUGAAACCAGAAGGUGAAACUGAAUUUUAUACAAAAUCGAUUUUGAUUGAUUUACGGGGAAAACAAAGUUUUAAAGGAAACUUAACGAUAAAUCUCCCCGAAAACGUCGUGGAAGGUUCCACAAACAUCGAGAUAUCAACCGUUUCCGAUCUUCUCGGUCCAUUAAUAAUAAACUUAGGAAAUCUCAUACGAUUACCAACAAGCUGUGGCGAACAAAACCUCCUAAAUUUUGUUUCAAACACGAUCCUUUUAAAUUAUUUACGAAAUACCGGUCAAUUAUCCCCGACGAUAGAACAAGACGCAAUUAAAAAUUUAGAAAUUUCUUAUCAACAACAACUUUUCUAUAAACUUGCCGAUAAUUCAUUCGGUGUUUUCGGAAAAGCGAACGAACUCGGAAAUAUUUGGAUUACUUCUUAUACAAUUUUAGCAUUUAUUCAAGCAAAACCUUAUAUUUUUAUCGACGAUAAUUUAAUUAGGAACGGUUUAAAUUGGUUAUCAGAACGGCAAAAUCAAAACGGGGGAUUUGCAGAGUCGGGAACGAUAAUUUAUGACAAUCCACAAAACUCGAUCGCUUUAACAUCUUUCGUUUUAAUGGCAUUUAUAGAAAAUCGUUUUCAAACGUCUCUUUACGCGAAUUUAAUACAAAAAGGUUUAGCUUACAUUCAAAGUGAAAUACACAACGACGUAGAUACUUAUUCUCUAGCUAUUGCAACUUAUGUUAUGCAUUUAGCAAAACAUCCCGCAAAAGAAAAUCUUUUAAAUCUCUUAAAUUCGAAAGCAAUAACGGGAAACGAUAUUAAAUGGUGGACAGAUGGAGUUUUAAAAAAUGAUUCGGCGAAUCCUUGGGUGAAAUUAUCGAAAACGGCGGACAUAGAAAUUACUUCUUACGCUUUAUUAUCAAUGUUAGAAGCCGAUUUAAUCACUGAUACAAUUCCUGUAGUAAAUUGGUUGAUGAAUCAAGGAAAUAGUUUAGGUGGAUUUACAUCGAGUCAUGACACCAAAGCGGCUUUGAUGGCUCUUUAUCGCAUGGUGUUACGGUUUAGUACACAAUCGAAUAUGAAAAUUCAAUAUGAAUACAAUGAUGGACUGAAAAAGAAGAGCAAUGAUUUUUACGUUAACCAAAAUAACGCAAUGAUCGUUCAACGAACAAAAAUUUCCAAUGACGCUAAAGUUGUUAAUAUAACCGCCGAAGGAAACGGAUUGUCCUUAAUACGUAUUUCCUAUCAAUACAAUAAAAACGUAACGGGAGCUUGGCCCAUGUUUACUUUAGACCCGCAGGUACAUAAAAACUCUAAUCAGUAUCGUAUGCAACUUACAGUUUGUACAGGAUUCGUUAGUAAAAAUCUAUCAGAUACAACCUUAACUUCUAACAUGGCUAUAAUCGAAGUAAACCUUCCAAGUGGAUUUACUGCCGAUACCGAUUCAUUACCAAGUUUAGAAGCGAGUCAAAACGUGCAAAAAGUUGAAACGGGGGACAAUAACAGAAAAAUUUUCUUGUAUUUCAAUAACAUAACCCACGCGGGUUAUUGUCCGACCAUUUCGGCAUUUAGAACGUAUCGCGUUGCUAAAGAAAAACCAGCGGCGGUGUUGGUUUAUGACUAUUACGAUAGCUCACGACGAGCAAGGAUUUUUUAUAGUAGCAGAAGAACCAAAAUGGGUGUUUGUGAUAUUUGCGAGAAUGAUUGUAACAAAAGGUGUUCGAACGAGCCUAAUUUAAAACCAUUACAAGAUGGUGAUAAUAAAAAUGGGAAAUCGAAAGCUAAUCAAUCAAAAUGUUUUAUUAAUUUACUUCUUGUUUUAGUUUUAAUUUCAUUGAAUGAAAUUAUUUAACAGCUGAAUAACUUUUAUUUAACAUUGCCAAAAAUUGCUAUUUUUUUUAUUGUUAUAAUGUCUAAUAAAUACGUAACUCAAAAAAAUCUUUUUUUUUU